AUGGCGUCCCUUCAGCCGCGCCACAGCGGCUCCCCCAAGAUCGCAACGCGAUCGUCCUCGUCAGAAGGCGGCAAGCCUCGGUUUCUGUCAGCCGCCAUGACCGCCGUCACGGAGCGCAACAGAUUCACGGAGAUUGUCUUCGUGGCGCUGCUGCUUUCCGCGUCGCUCCGCAUCUGGCUCGAUCUGCGCGUCCACGCGCCGCGUCCCACCGACCUCCCCUGCCGCAACGACGACUCGCUUCAGCCGGCCGACCAAUCGGCGUCAUCCGCGUCAGCAUACAUCAACGACAGCGUCGUUGCGCUGCCCGGCCGCCCGUGGCGGUUGCCGGCGGGGGUGGCGCGGGCGUACGGCGGGCUGGGCGACGGCAAGGUGGACCCGGCGCGCUUCCGCCUGCACGUGAAGGUGCUCGUCUUCGACCGCCCCGCGUACGCGCUGCGCUGCCUGCGCGCGCUCGCCGCCGCGCUGUACGACGCGGAGCCAGUCCACCUCGACGUCUUCGUCGACCACCCCUUCGCGCUGCGCGCCGACGCCGCGCCCUGGUCGCCGCGCGCCGCGAGACGUGUGGCGGCCUCGCAUUCCCUAAUAGCGCAGAUCGACGCGUUCGCGUGGCCGCACGGGCCGAAGCGCGUGAUGUACCGAUCGCAAAGCGCGGGCGUGCAGGGCCAGUGGGUGGAGGCGUGGUGGCCGGAGAGCCUUGCUGACGUGGCGCUGAUGGUGGAGGACCACGUGGUGGUCUCCCCGCUGUAUUACCGCUACCUGAAGCGGCUCCUCGCGCGGUACUACUUCCGGCGCGCGGAGUUCGACCCGCACGUGCUGGGCGUGUCGCUGCAGCGCCAGUCCUUCGUGCCCGGGCUGGGCGGCGACCCGCUCCCCCCGCUGGCGCACGGCGCGCCGUUCCUGUACGCCGUGACGGGCACGUGGGGGCAGGCGCUGCUGCCCGGGCCGUGGCGGCAGUUUCGCCUGUGGCUGGACGAGCGACGGUACAAUGGCAGCCGGCAGCCCCUUGUGGGUGGGCUCAAGACCACCCAGUGGUUCCGCGACAAGGUGAGGGGGGGGAGGAGGAAGAGGGGUGGGGAGAGGGUAAGGGAACAGGUGGGGAAGAGAGAGGGCAACAGGAGGUGGUCGCCGUGGGCCAUCAAGUGGGCGCACAGCAGCGCCAUGCUCUCACUCUACCCGCCCCUCCCCGCCAACCUCUCCCUCGCAUUCCCCCUCAAGCGCGCCGCCCCCCCCUCUGACGCCCCCCUCGUGCCGCUGCUGCCGGGGAUGGGGGCAGGUGCGGGUGGGGGGGCCAGGGACAGUGGGGGAGGGGGCGGGGAGGGGGGAGUGGAGGGGGCGGUGAGGGCGUGGAUGGAAGGGGCGCUGCCGGGCAUGGCGCGGGUGAGGCGCUUUGACCUGUGUGCUCGCAAGCUGCCGCACCUGCCCGUGGGGCACUCCCUGCCCGACCUGCACUCCCUGCUCUCCGCUGUCGCCCAGGUGCACCACCCUGCUCUCCGCUGUCGCCCAGGUGCACCACCCUGCUCUCCGCUGUCGCCCAGGUGCACCACCCUGCUCUCCGCUGUCGCCCAGGACAAGCGGGUGUCGCUGGUGGUGGUGCCGAGGGGCGGCAGGGACGAGGUCAACAACUGGCUCUGCCACCUGGACGGCAGCGGCCUGCGCUCAUUCGUCCUCAUCGUCCCCCACGCCAGCCUGGCAGCUGAGCUGUCCGCACGAGGUUUCGCUGCCUUCCAUCUGCCGCCACUCAGCAGGCGCCAGGUGGCACAGGGGCUGGGGCAGCUGGCAGCGAGGGGAGGGGUGAAGGUGGUGAGGGAGAAGGAGGGGUUGGAGGAGGAGGAGGGUGAGGAGGUGGAUACUGGCGGGCAAGUGGAGGGGGAGGGCGAGGGGGUUGAGGAGGAGGGAGCAGAGGAGGGUGUGGAGGGAGGGGGGGAGCGCAGCAGGUGGACGGCUCGGCACAUAGAGGUGGUGGUGGCAGCGCUGUCACAGGGCUUUGAUGUGUCCCUCAGCAACGUGGAUGCCGUGUGGAGAGGCGACCCCAUGGCCACCGAGGCCCUCAGGCUCAUCCCCUCUGACGUGGACAUGUGGGGCCACCUUGACACUGCUGACGUGGCAUCUAGCUUCUUUGUGAUUCGUUCUCGCGCCGCUACAGUCUCUGCGUGGGGCCAGCUGGCUAAGCUGUGUGCGCAGGCACCCAAGGGAGGGAGCAAGGGGGACAUGGACAAGGCUGAGGUGGGGUGUGGGGAGCCGGGGAGUGGCGUGCAGCAGAAGCAAAUGCGGGUGCUGCUGACUCAGGCGAUGCAUUUCAGGGAGGUGGAUUCGAUACCCUUUGGACGCGAUGGUGCUGUGCGCGUGCCCAAGGGAACGUUGCUGCCUGCUCUACUGCCACCUCAAUUCGCAACAAAGGGGAAGAAAAUCAGAAGCCCGGCCUUCAAGCGCCCGUGGCAUCGACCGGCGGCAUCGCCGCACGGCGUAAAGGCGCUGCGAGUCCGCGCCGCACUGAGCCUGGAUGCCGCACGUGGCACCGCGGCGGUCGACCCCUUCUCGUUGCUCUCUGCCGUUCCGCCGCUCCGCGCGCCGUCUCUGGAGGAGGGCGCAAUGGGCAUGACGAUGGUGGAGAGCCUCGCCGUCACGGUCGAGGCGGCACGCGGAACCCGCCGGGCGGAAGAAGGAUAUCCGGGCGGGGUUUGCGCUGCUUCCGGCGCGCCCUCGACGCCCAACCGGCUGGCGUCCCGGCUAGGCGUGCUCUUCCUAUCAGCCGCGGCGGCAGCAGCGGCGGGAACUAGCAUGCCCGCGCAGGCCGUGCAGGCGGAAGCAGUGCGGUCGGAAGCCGUUCAGGCGAAAACAGCUUGGGCGGAAGCAGUGCAGGCGGAGGCAGCAGCGACAGCAGUGACGGCACCCGAGGCAGAACGCCAGAGCGCAGAAGUAUCGUGGCAGCUGCCGCCUGUAGCGGUGGUUGCUGCUACAGCCGUGCCAGCUGUUGGUCCAGGUGGCGGCAGUCGUAGUCCACGUAAGCAGACAGCUCAGCAGCAUGUGGCGGCGCUGGAGGGGCGCAUGCAGCGGAUGAUGGCGUGGGUGCGCCAGGGCAGGCGGGGGCGGGCGGAAGAAAUGGUGGAAGCGGGGCGCGAGGGGAGCGAGGGGCAAUCAACGGCUGCGCAGCAGGCCGAGCUGCAGGCGCUGUUGCGCAUGGGCAUGCCAGCGGGGGUGUGCAGCACGCGCAACGCCACCACGCCACUGCACGUGGCGGCGUAUGGCGGCCACGUGGACUGCAUGUGCCUGCUGGCGGCUGUGCGUGCCUGGCGGCUGGACUCCAUUACACAAUGCAGUGACCAAGCAGCAGUGGGAGGCAGUGAGAUGACUUGCACACCAGGGAAUAGAGCCAGCAGAGGAGAGCCGUACACCAACUGCACCGCUCUGAACCCAUUUGUGCAGUGGAAUCUGCAGCCGCUGCUACCAGCCACUCCCCCCUCCUUCACCCUCACCUCACCACCCCCACCCGCCUUCACGCCGCCAUACGCCCUCUCGUCCAUCUGCUUGUGGACGUCCCUCUCCGCCAUCGCACCUGGUCGCACACAAGCAACAGCCCUCCUGCCACUGCCGCCACACACAAAGCCUGCUGAUGCAGAUGCUGGCAGUGGAGGCGAGAAGGCAGUGGGGGGCGCAGUUGGUUCGAGUCAGGGCGUGCAGGGGGAGUGGGCAGUGGCGGGGUAUGAGGCGAUGCGUGUGGUGCAGGUGGGGGGUGGGUGGCGCCAGGGCAGCUAUGGCCUGCCCUCCUCCCUCGCUGCCUCUGCUGCACCUGCUGUGUCUGGAAGGCAAGGAAAGGGGAUGGGGGGAAGCAGGGAAGGGGAUGGGGGGAAGCUGGGAAGGGGAUGGGGGGAAGAAGGGGAGGGGAUGGGGGGAAGCAGGGAAGGGGAUGGGGGGAAGCAGGGAAGGAGGGGUAGCACCGGGGGGAAAGGAGGAGAAGCAGGGGGGGAUAGGAGGGGUAGCACCGGCGGGGCGAGCGCUGAGGCUCAGGUGGCGCGUGAUGCCUACAGCGGGGCGCACUCAGCUGCUUGCGGUGUGCGCGCUGCUUACAGCUGGCUGCGGCGGCGAGUGGCGGGGGUGGUGGAGGGGCGGAGGGCGACUAGGCGGAAGCAGCGUGGGGGAGGGGGGGGUGGGGAGGGCUCAGGGGGGCGAGGGGCCGUGGGCUUGGAGGAGGAGGGCAGUGGAGUGGGAGGAGCGCGGUUGAGAGAGAUGGGAGGAGAGGGAGUGUGGUUGAGCAACGGUCCGGAGUGGCUGAAGGGGGUGGCAGAGCAGUACGGCAUGGCGCUGCCGGCAGCUGUGGGGCCCACCAGGGGUGGAGCAGCCACGGCAGCAGCUGCCGAUCCAGCAGCAGCAGCGGCGGCGGCGGUGGUGGCGGGGAGGGUGCUGGCGGCGCUGAGACAGGCGGAGCAGUCCACUCGCGCUGCACCAGCACACCCCGCCACGCCACCCGCCUCCACCCCCCCGCCCGCGGCAGCAGCCCCUGAGAGCAGGACGCAGGCGCUGCAGGCGGCACUAUCACCCCUCGAGCAGAAGCUGGUGGCACAGGAGGAGGCGGAAGCAAGCUGGCAGCGGUACGAGGCGGCGGUGCAGUGGACGGAGGGGCGCCUCUCAGCACUCGCCACGCUCGCCCUCACCACCGCCACCCACCCGCCCUCGCCCGCCCUCUCUGCCUCCCGCACGCACCUGCUUUCCUCCCUCGCCUUCGCCCAGAAGCGAGCAGCUGAGGUGCGAACAGGCGGGGUGGUGGGAUGCCCAACCUGCACCUCCGCCUCUCCUGCCCACGCCGUCAUCGCCACCAGCGCUGCCCUCCUCCUCGUGGCUCGUGACCCACCCACCGGUUCCGCGCUCGCUGUCGCUGCCCUCACGGGCGCUCUCCCAUGCCUCGUGGUGCCCCACAGAGGCCGCUCACACCACUCAGCCCCUGGCCCAUGGCAGCACCACCCUCGCCAGCACGCAUGCUGCCCUGAGCAUUCUCCAGCAGGUGCGUUGCACUCCCUCAAUCAUCAUAUGCCUCUGCCCAUCGCACUGGACCUGUCCACACCUCGCACGCACCAUGCUCAUGCCAUGCUCUCUGCUCAUUUCUUCCUUGUCCUUCCCCAGGCGCCAGUGCUGGUGGAGGGAGCAGGUGGGGGCGAGUGGGCAAGGGAGUUUGUGGCGGAGUCGGUGGCCAGGGAGCUCAGCAAGCGCCGCACCGCCCAUGGCCAUGCCGCGUAA